CAAGCGACGACGUCGUUUUGGUUCACCUUCCUCAGUCCCUACUGCGCGUACCGUGGCUCUCUGCUAUUCUUCCUUCCAGGGUUCCCCUUUUGCUAAUUAAAAGUAUAAAAAUCAAAUUCGGUAAAAUAGGGAUACAAACUCCAAAAUCCAUCAACAAAGCUUUAAAACUAGCCAUUCUCUGAAGGUUAAGAAAUACACAAUUUUGCUUGUUUAGGUUCGAUUUCCGAUAGGGGAUUUUGUUGUGAUGGAUCACGCCCGUUCAAUUUCUAGGGGAGGUGAGGAGAAUGUCGGGAUUCCGGAUGAUUUGCGGUGUAAAAGAUCCGACGGAAAACAAUGGAGAUGCACAGCCAUGUCCAUGCCCGAUAAGACAGUAUGUGAAAAGCAUUAUGUCCAGGCAAAGAAGAGGGCGGCAAAUUCUGCGAUGCGUGCUAGCAUGAAGAAAGCGAAGAGGAAGCCUUUAGGUGAAAGUGAUAUCUACUUGGAGAGUAAGAGCGAUGACAUGGACGUACCACUCAGUUCACAGUUUGGGGAUUAUUCUGGGUCCUCUGGUAAGAAGAAGAAGGAGAAAUCAUCGAAACCGCAGGCUAAUUAUUCGCCUGAAAUGCGACCGGUUAGGAGUUUAUCUGAACGGAGUUCUCUAAGGUCAACUGACGAUCUUGACAGAGAUGGAUCGGAGUAUGAAGAUAGUAGAAGGCCAUAUAGAACACCAACCACAUCUGCUGUUGAUUCAGAUAGAAGCAGACCACAGAAGGUGUUUGAGAAUAGUCCUGAGACGGAGGCGUCUGAUGAAAGCUCGGAGUCUUCUGACGAUACUGGGGGACAGCCUUGUCAUCACUGUCGAAGCAAUAGUAGGGAUGGAGUGAUCUGGUGCCUUAAAUGUGAAAGAAGAGGAUAUUGUGAGAACUGCAUUUCAUUAUGGUAUUCAGACAUCCCUGUAGAGGAAAUCCAGAGGGUUUGUCCUGCAUGCCGUGGUAUAUGUAGUUGCAGGGUGUGUAUGCGAGGGGAUAAUCUGAUUAAGGCAAGGAUUCGGGAGAUUUCGGCAAAAGAUAAAUUACAGUACCUCUACUCUCUUUUAUCCGCGGUGCUUCCUAUUGUGAAGCGGAUCCAUUCUGAACAGUGUUCUGAGGUGGAGCUGGAAAAAAGUCUUCGAGGAAAUGAAAUAGAUCUUGCCAGGACUAAAUUAAAUGCUGAUGAGCAGAUGUGUUGUGAUUUUUGCAGGAUACCCAUCAUUGAUUAUCACCGCCAUUGCACGAAUUGCUCAUAUGACUUGUGCCUUAGCUGCUGCAAAGAUCUUAGAAAAGCAUCCAAGCAGUUUACUGGUGGAAAUGAUGAUAAAGACGAAGUAAUGUUGUCUGAGCGUCUAAAUUUAUCAGAUUUUCAGCUAAAUUCAUUCGAAAAAUUCGCCACUUUGAAAGCUGAUAGUGAUGGAAGUAUCCUAUGCCCGCCAAAGGAAUAUGGAGGCUGUGGCUCUUCCCUUUUAACUCUAAAACGUAUAUUCAAGAUGAAUUGGGUUGCUAAACUGGUGAAAAAUGUCGAAGAAAUGGUCAAUGGCUGUAAGAUAGAUAAUUCUGGUAACUCGGAGGAAACUGAAGUUAGUCUCGGGAUUUUUCAGGCUGCACACAGAGAGAACGAUAUCGAUAACUUCUUGUAUUGUCCAUCUUCAGAAGAUCUUAGAAAUGAAGGCAUCAAAGAUUUCAGACUAAACUGGAGCAGAGGGAAACCUGUUAUUGUUAAGGAUGUCUGUGAUGCUUCUGCUAUGACAAUCUGGGAUCCUAUGGUUAUUUGGAGAGGAAUUAAAGAAACGACAGAUGAGAAAACGAAAGACGCAAACAAAAUUGUCAAGGCUGUUGACUGCUUUGACUGGACUGAGAUUAAUAUCGAACUUGAAGAGUUUUUGAAAGGAUAUUUUGAUGGUAGAUUUAAUGAAAAUGGCGAGUCACAACUGUUGAAAUUGAAGGAUUGGCCUUCGCCGAGUGCCUCAGAAGAGUUUUUGCUGUAUCAGAGACCUGACUUCAUUAGUAAACUUCCUUUGCUUGAGUUCAUCCAUUCAAAAUGGGGUCUUUUAAACGUUGCUGCGAAAUUGCCUCAUUAUUCGUUGCAAAACGAUGUGGGCCCCAAGAUUUUCAUUUCGUACGGAAAAGUAGAAGAAAUUGGCGAAGGCGAUUCAAGAGAUAAUCUUCAUCUCAACAUGCGCGACAUGGUGUUUCUUUUAGUGCAUAUGUGUGAAAAGAAGUUAGAAGGUGGGCAGGGGACAAAAAUGGAUAUACAAAAUGAUGCUGUUCCGAAAAUCCACCUAGACAGUGGUGAAUUACCCGAUUUGUCCCCGGAUGGAUCCGAUAAUUCUGAAUCUAAUGGAUAUUCAAUCGACCGUGAGAAAUCUGGUGGGAAUAUUCUUGAAAAGCCACAAGCAGGAGCUUUGUGGGAUGUCUUCCGUAGAGAGGAUGUACCCAAGCUAAUGGAGUAUAUAAGCUUGCACUGGAAAUAUCUCGUGAAGGGUGAUACUGUCGUUGAUGAAUAUGUAUCGCGGCCUCUAUAUGAUGGUGUAGUAUACUUGAAUAGGCAUCAUAUAAGCAUGUUAAAAGAUGAAUUUGGAAUCGAGCCUUGGUCGUUUGAACAGCAUAUCGGUGAAGCUGUAUUCGUACCUGCUGGAUGCCCUUUCCAAGUACGACAUCUUCAGUCGUCAGUUCAGUUGGGACUUGAUUUUCUUUCUCCUGAAAGUUUGGCCGAAGCUUUUAGAUUAUCCGAAGAAAUUCGUGGGCUUCCAAAUGACCAUGAUUUGAAGCUACAAAUAUUGGAGGUCGGAAAAAUAUCGUUAUACGCAGCAAGUUCGUCCAUUAAAGAAGUUCAGAAGCUGGUUCUUGAUCCCAAGCUCGGGCCAGAGCUCGGAUUCGAGGACCAUAAUUUGACUUCGUUGGUGUCUCAAAACUUGGAAAACAUGGUAAAACGCAGACAGAUAUCGUGUACCUGAUUGAUUCUGUUUAGUCAUGAACUCGAAGAAAACCGAGUUUAGUAUAUGCUUUCGUGUGGUAUUUUGAUCAUACAUAUUCAUAUAUUGGGUGUAAAAUAUAUAUGGUAGAAAUACAAAUUAAGAGCGUUAUAUUCUAUAUAGGUAAUAUAUUUUUGAAAACUAGUGUCACACAUUAGAAAUAUUAAUUAUGAGUAAUUAUGUACUAUAUUUUAUCAUCUAAUUUGGUAAAGAAAAUUUCAAGGUA